CCGUACCCGGUGGUUGUUUCAUAAAGCUGUUCGUAAAGUUACGCACAACUUUACAUACGACUGGCACAUGUUCUUAGGUCAUAAAUCUAUACAUAGGGCAUAGAGAUAUAUACUAAUAACGCGUAAUUAGUAUACAUCUCUAUGACAUAUGGAUAUCAUAAAGCACAAGAAAGGAUCACCAGUCGCGCGUAAAGUCAUUCGUAAUCUUACGUACAGCUUUAUGAAACACCCACGUGCACCGUACCCGGUACUGGUUAUUCGUUCGAUCGAUCGUCUCAGCUGAGCUGAAGACCAAAAUAUGGGAAUACCGGUACACGCAUCCGGGCAAUUAGGAGGUAGUCGAAGCUGUUGUAGUACCGUAUACCUUUUCAGGCCUCGAUUUUAGUUGCGAAUCGAUUGAGCAACCCAGUACCGACAAAGUCUAAGUCUAAGAUUUCUUAAAACUCUUGGAGUAUUUCGGAGGAACAUCAACUACCAUUACCAAGUAACCGGUACCCCGGUGCGAGUGAACUUUCUUAGAGAGGAGUGCUAUCGCUAGCGUGCAACCCCGAUCCCCUAUUGCCCUUAUAAUGUCGUUCUACCUACCACGUAGACCGUAGUACCAGGAAGCACCUGUUGCGCAUUGCAGAAUUGGGAUCGGGCGUGGCAUCUGUACGGUACUAAUUACCAUAGAGCUAUUACUGUAAUAGCUGAGCUCCAUGGUAUUACAGUCAAUUGUCUACUGCACUGUGUUGUGAAGCAUAUGGUCAGACUCUUAACACAGAGGCCAUUGGAACUGGAAUAUUAGCAUCGAUCCACGUCGAUAAAUCUGGAACUUGGAAUCUACCUGGCGCAUAUAAUCUACACAGAUUGAAGAGCACCAUCAGCUCCUUCACCAACCAACUAUAAAUAUUCUCUGAUUGAACACCCAUUACAAACAACAACAACGCUCGGUCUUCUGUUCGCUUUGAACUCUGAGUUCAUCUGUUUUUCUUAAACAAUGGAAAGCAACAAUUUAUUAAUGAAAGCACUGUUGAUUGAGUGGGGCUUGUUGUGCUGCAUGUCUCCGUGUUUGUCUCAAGCUGGUGCUUGCAUUGACGAUCGGCUCAACAAUCAAAUGAAAUGUCGUUACAAGUGCCAGUAUGAAACCAUUAAUGAGAAGUGUUCAAGGAACAUUUCCUUGCAGUCUAUUCAUCAUCCAAUAGAUGGCUACUGCUGCCCGGGAUUCCUCCUGACUUCUGUAGGCAAAUGCCAGGUGUGUCCGGAUAUCAGGUUUAUGCCUGAUAUCAAUAACUGCUGCCACUGCAUUCCAUGCACUCAAUGUGAUUUGAUCCGAAAUAACCCAAUCAAAGUUCCGUGCACGAAGACACAUGAUACUGUAUGCCAUAUCGGUAAUACUUCUGGAAAUCCCCAAAUACCUGUAUGCCCUCUUAUAAAGCCUACAUCUGUGGAUAUGACUACCGAAACAGUAUUAACCUACAACAUUUCUGGUGAUCCAACUGGGAAGAGCAGUACAUCUGGGAAUUCACGGACAACACUUAUAUUAAGUAUUGUGAUAACAUUGGUUGUCAUUGCUUUCGCCAUCAUCCUGAUUACAUGUAUUUACUGCUAUAAAUCAGGAAAAAUAUGCAAACGUCAAGGAAAUGCACAACAUGGAAUCGGGUAA